AUGGCUUGCGGUUCCUCCAAAUGUCUCUACGACCGCAACGGUCCCGGCAGCGCUGCCACUUCGAUCGCCGAGUCCAUCAUCAAGCCCUCCGAGGCCACGGGCACCAAAACCAAGUGUAUCGAGUGUGGCGACUACGAAUGCUGCUGUAUCCCCUGCACCAUCCUGUAA